GAGAAACCGACGGACAGACGGCCGAAUUAAUUGAAGGUGACGACAUGACUUGCGGAGGCGGAGAAGGCUCUGGACAGAAGGCCGGAGGUGGAGAAGUUGAUGGACACAGUGGCGGAGGUGGAGAAGGUGACGUUGAGACGCACCUGGGCGGAGAGGAUGAAGGACAGACGUCGCCGGCGGCUAUGGACGUUGUUUCUGACCUCGAUGGAGAAGGGAUGGCAAAGGAGAGUGAACUUGGUACAGAGCCGGAAGUUGGUAUGGAGUUUGAAAGCAGAGAAGCGAUCUAUGAUUUUUACAAAGCAUAUGGGAAGCGUUUGGGAUUUCCUAUAAGAACUAGGAGCACAACAAAAGACAAAAGAGGAAGAGAG